GGUCUGAGCAAUUUCUCCAGAAUGAACGCCAACUCCUCGGACGAAUUUUUCCAAGCCACAAAUCACGCAGAGCAGACGUUCCGUAAAAUGGAGACGUACCUGCAGCACAAGCAGCUGUGUGAUGUCCUCCUGAUAGCAGGGGAUCACAAGAUACCAGCUCAUAGACUAGUCCUAAGUGCUGUUUCAGACUACUUUGCUGCCAUGUUCACCAGCGACGUGAGGGAGGCCAAGCAAGAGGAGAUAAAGAUGGAGGGAGUGGAUCCUGAGGCCCUCAGGUCCCUGGUUCAUUUCGCCUACACGGGUGUCCUUGAGCUGAAAGAAGAAACCAUCGAGAGUUUAUUGGCAGCAGCAUGCCUCCUCCAGCUUUCACAAGUUAUCCAGGUUUGCUGCAGCUUCCUCAUGAAACAGCUUCAUCCAUCCAACUGCCUGGGAAUACGAUCGUUCGCAGACGCCCAGGGCUGUGUGGACCUGCUGAACGUGGCUCAUAAUUACACCAUGGAACACUUCCUGGAGGUCAUACAGAAUCAGGAGUUUCUUCUGCUCCCCACGGCGGAGAUUGUUAAGCUGCUCUCCAGUGAUGACAUCAAUGUUCCCGACGAAGAGACGAUUUUCCAAGCUUUGAUGAUGUGGGUGAGGUACGAUGUCCAGCAUCGACAAAAGGACCUCGGGGUGCUCCUCGCUUACAUCCGACUCCCUCUUCUUCCUCCACAGCUUCUUGCAGAUCUGGAAAACAACAAGAUGUUCUCAGAUGAUCUUGAGUGUCAGAAGCUGCUGAUGGAGGCCAUGAAAUACCACCUGCUGCCUGAGCGUCGCCCCAUGUUCCAGAGCCCAAGAACAAAACCCAGAAAGUCCACCGUGGGGGCACUUUACGCUGUAGGAGGGAUGGAUGCUACCAAAGGCUCCACCACCGUAGAGAAGUACGACUUGCGGACGAACACCUGGGUCCAGGUUGGAGCCAUGAACGGACGGAGGCUGCAGUUUGGCGUGGCGGUGAUAGAUAAUAAACUGUAUGUGGUUGGAGGGAGAGAUGGACUCAAGACAUCUAACAUGGUGGAAUGCUACAAUCCGAUCGCCAAAGUGUGGUCAACUAUGCCUCCAAUGUCCACACAUAGACACGGACUUGACUACCCUGCAGUGAUGAAGCCAGUAGUCAGUCUUCUGAACUCUUAA